GUUCCUGACGGUAAGGACAAGGUUCCUGACGGAGAGGACAAGGUUCCUGAUGGUGAGGACAAGGUUCCUGACGGUGAGAACAAGGUUCCUGACGGUGAGGACAAGGUUCCUGAUGGUAAGGACAAGGUUCCUGAUGGUGAGGACAAGGUUCCUGAUGGUGAGGACAAGGUUUCUGACGGUGAGGACAAGGUUCCUGACGGAGAAGACAAGGUCCCUGAUGGUGAGAACAAGGUUCCUAACGGUGAGGACAAGGUUUCUGACGGUGAGUACAAGGUUCCUGACGGAGAGGACAAGGUUCCUGAUGGUGAGGACAAGGUUCCUGACGGUGAGAACAAGGUUCCUGACGGUGAGGACAAGGUUCCUGAUGGUAAGGACAAGGUUCCUGAUGGUGAGGACAAGGUUCCUGAUGGUGAGGACAAGGUUCCUGACGGUGAGGACAAGGUUCCUGACGGUGAGGACAAGGUUCCUGAUGGUGAGGACAAGGUUCCUGAUGGGGAGGACAAGGCUCCUGAUGGUGAGGACAAGGUUCCUGAUGAGUAGGGCAAGGUUCCUGACGGUGAGGACAAGGUUCCUGACGGUGAGGACAAGGUUCCUGAUGGUGAGGACAAGGUUCCUGAUGGUGAGGACAAGGUUCCUGACGGUGAGGACAAGGUUCCUGAUGGUGAGGACAAGGUUCCUGACGGUGAGGACAAGGUUCCUGACGGUGAGGACAAGGUUCCUGACGGUGAGGACAAGGUUCCUGACGGUGAGGACAAGGUUCCUGAUGGUGAGGACAAGGUUCCUGAUGGUGAGGCAAGGUUCCUGAUGGUGAGGACAAGGUUCCUGA